AUGAUUGAAGAAUAAUUAGCUGAGCCUGCUAAUCCAAACCAAGAACAAGGUGCUCCUUAAGCUCCUUAAAGUUAAUAAGUAGAAAAGAAAAAAAUAUUGGUUAUUGGCGCUGGUCCUUGUGGUAUAUUGGCUACUAAGCAUUUGAGCAUUAAUAAUGAUGUUAUUUGUGUUGACUCUAAGGAAGGCUUGGGUGGGUUAUGGCACUAUGACAAGCAUGAUGAAAACAAUCAUCCAAAUUUAAACUAAAAUGCCUAUUACUAAAACUACGGAGUACUAUAAAGCUCUCUUUAUGAAGAUAUGGUAAGCAACUUCCCUAAAUGUUUGAUGACUUACAAGGGUUUUCCUCCUAAAAAGGAAUAUAAUUAAUUUAUGACUACCGCCGAAUUCAAUGACUACUUAAAUUGUUAUACUGCUCAUUUCGACAUAUAAAAAUGCAUGAAAUUUAAUACCUUUGUAGUAAAAGUUAGAUUAGCAGCUAAUAUGACAGAAGAGGAACUUUAAAAAGUAGGUUUCAAUGUAACUAAAAGAUUUGUUGCUUCUCUUUGCCCUUCAGAAAGCUAUAAAGCUGAUAAAUCUAAUAUAAGUUAUAUCGAAGUAGACUCAGUAGUAGUAUGCUCAGGCCACGACAGUGUUCCAAAUUACCCAAAAAUUGAAAAUAGAGAAGUCUUUGAAGGAGAUGUCAUCCAUAUGCACAAUUUUAGAAAACAUAAAUUAGAUUAAUACAAAAAUACUCAUGUAUUGAUUUAUGGAGCUAACAUGUCAGCAUAGGAUCUAGUCUAAUUUAUGAUAACUGAUAAAGAUAAAAGAGCCUCAAAAGUUACUGUCCUCGGAAAUAAAUAAUUAAUUUCUUAAUUUGAAAAAACAAAAGCUUAUAAAAAGGAAAUUGAUGAAGGUAUUCUUGAAAUGAGAGUUGGAGUUAUCCGCAAUUAUUUAGGAAAGUAAUCUAUCAUCCUUGAAGAUGAAACUGUUAUUGACAAAAUAGAUAAUAUAAUCUAUGCAACAGGUUACUAGUACAGAUAUCCUUUUUUGGAGGAUACUGGUGAUAACUUGAUCGAAACAUACAAUAAAGAAUCUCGUUGUAACGCAUUUGGUCCUCUUUAUCGUCGUAUUUUCUCUAUUAGAGAACCAAACCUUGUAUUUUUGGGUUUAAUAGCUGGACAACUCACUAUAGAAGCUAUGUAUGAAAGAUAGGCUAUUGUUGCUAAAAGAGUCCUUGAUGGAGAUGUUCUUCUACCAUCUAAAGAAGAUAUGUUGCGUGAAUUCAAGUUGGAAUAUGAUGAAAUAUAAAAAUACUCUAAAGAUUUCAAAAAUUUCUUCAAAAUUUCCAAUAGAGAAGGUGUAGGCUCUGUAUAAGAAUUGAAUUAUAUUAAAAUGUGUUAAGAGAUCGCUUAAAUACCUAUUGAUGAGGAAUUUUAAAAAAUUGCAUUUGAAGUAUGCGGACCAAUAAUGGAUAGCUACAUGGCAUAAGGAAACUAUGCUUUUAUGAAGAAGCAUGAUUUUGGUUCAUUAUAUCCUGAAAACUAUAGUCCUAAUCCAAGUUUAUUUUGA